CUGGAUUACAAAGUUCAUUACUGAACACACCUACAGUUAAGGAACACCACCAUGGAUGACUGGAGCGGGACAGCACCGCCUCUGCCUAGUCGUCCAGUCACACAAGUCUUACCAGACCCCUCCUAUAUUCACGAUGACGAAGAUAUGAACGUGUACGCAGAUUUUCCAGAGGAGGAAGAGAUGUUUCACCAAUUUCUCAAGAUAAAUGAAACGCCAGAAGAUGAGGGAACAGAAUCUGGGGUGUACGCCUCAGAAGAAAUCUGCAAAUCAAAAUUAUUAGAGGAUAAGGACCUGAGCGAUGUCAUUCGCUGUAUCAACACUGGGGAUUACAAUACCGCCUCCGAAAUGAUCACACACGUGCACACUUGCAUCAUCCCUAACGCUGUCUCAAACUGUGACCUUGAAACGUUAGCCUUACUACUGGACUGUGAUCAUAAGGCUGUAGAGAGAAGAAUAACAAAAGUGAUGACUGAAGUGUUGUUUGAAUCUGACAUGAGACGGUAUGAUUAUACGAAACUACUAUCAUGUUUAAAUUCCUUGUUUCGAAUGCUUCAAAAGCGCGCCAUGUCUCCAGAGUCAAUGUCAAGUAUUCAACCCAUUGUGAUCCUAGUUCUGCUUGUCUUGCACCACCAGUGUCUGAACCAUCCAGACAGGACGAAGAUAUCAGUCUCGACCAGAGACACUCUCGUUAGCUACAUAGAUAUAGUCGAGAAACUAAACACCAUUGAUUCAACGCAAACAUUGUUAAAUCUUCGCUUGUCAUUGCAAAUGGUACUGACAAGUUUACAUGACGUUUUAGUAAAGGCUAAAACAAGUCAUCUCCAGUUGGGCAAUUUCAGCGAGGAACUACGCGAUGACAGACACAGAAAACGUUUAUCCAAGGACCUUGGGAAAAUGUCCACGUUGGAGCAUUAUUCGCUUAUCUUUGGAGUCGUAAUACAGAUAAGUAAAUUCCCGGUCACAAUGGAAACAUUAGAUUUCCUUCGCUUAUGUGUAUCAUCAGUUCUAGAUUACUACAAGAAGAAGACAAAGGGCGAGAAGCACUUGUAUGCAUUACUUCUCUUGACGACAAGGGCGAUAAUCAAUACCCUGGAGAGACGACAUGAGGAACAUACUUCGGAUUCAUCAAGAGAUAGCCUGCAAGAGAAAUUGUGUGAAAUACUACAAAUGAUCGUGUGCGGUCCAAAUAUAAGAAAGGAAGUCCGGUGCGCACUACAGGAGGAAAUGGCAAUUCUGAUGUUUCAUGAGACCGGCCUUGUAGUACAAAGAGCGAUGGAAAUGAAAGAAAAGAACAGUUCAUUUGUAUUGAACGCUGUACUAUUAAGAUAUCUUACUAGAACUCUUGAAUCUUUGAAUUUCACUUGUCAUUCGACACUGAUCGACGAUACGUACCUGAGAUGGCAUUCCAUUCAGGGUUCAAUUGUAGGACAUAUCCACGUCACAACACAAGUCUUCCUACCUUCCCCAGAUUCAAUCUUAAAUGGAAAAUUUGACAUAGACACUUAUCGCCAAAAUGCAGCAAAAGUUCCACAAACCGCCGAACACUACAACACUCUUAAGGCACUGAGAAAGCUGUCAGCGCACGGACCAAACAAACAUGUCCAACGUUUGUUUGCGUUUCAAACAGAACCGCUACCAAUGUUCUAUAUUACUGAAACCCUACCCGAAACUACCCUAAGUAGUUAUCUCCUGGCGCACAGGAAAGAUAGGAAAUGGAUCUCUGAAAAAAUGCUGGGGCUUAUGAGUUUAGGGGCUCUAAAAGCUUUACGAUUUCUUCACAAUGCUGGCUUGGUUCAUAGAAACAUUACAGCAGAAAGUUUCAGAUACCGCAAUCAAACUGUCGUUCUGUCAGACUUCAGCAUUGUGAAACCCACAAGAACGGAGUCCGAGGGAUUCGAGGAUCACAUGUUGCAAGUGACACAUGUAAUCCCGAUCCGCUGGUCUUCGUAUGAAUCUCUUUGUGAGGACCAGUUCACUUUCGCCUCUGACGUGUGGAUGUUUGGGCAGCUGUUGUAUGAGAUUUUUACUCACGGAUGUCAUCCCUACACCGACUUGUACGGAUAUGAUCUGGAUGACGUCAUGGACAUGGUUCUGUUCCACGAGCUGAAACCGAAAUGGUGGCCAUGUACCCCACUUGCCAUUCAUGAUGUUAUUGUUGGUUGUGUACGCUCGUCACCAUGCGAGCGGUCGAGUCUACAAAAUGCACAAGAUGAUAUAGAGCGUUGGCUGGAAACAAGUAAACGCACAGCUCCUCCCAGCCUCUCGUUCUCCAACAGGAGAAGCUUGUACCCGGAGCUAAAUCAACUACAAAAAGGCAAGCCUGAACGAGGGACAACAGUGAAAUUGAAACAACUGAAAAUUAUUGGUGGAAACGUCAAAGACUUGUAUUACAAUACAUUAAAGAAGUGGAAGGUUCCAACCGAUACUCUUCAAAUUACAGAACUGGAUUUAACAGCCCCAGACCACCCCGUUAUAAAGAAAGAGGGAAUUUAUCUUCAUGUUGAAGAGCCAGUCAGUCAGAAAUUUAUUGAUGGACCGCUUGACAGAAUGAAAUAUGAGGAAGAUUUUGCAACUAAACAACACAUAGUCAACUUUCCACCACAGAAAACCCCCCGAGAAAGUACAGUACAAAACGGGUUCACGCAUACAAUACUUUACAGAUGUUUCCAGGGGAAGUGCUUACUGGAUAUAGCCGUUGAACAUGUUUUUGGUAACCCUGCAGACGCGGAUAAUGAAGUUGCUUAUGCUAAUAUCAUAAAGGAAGCUGUCUUGUUCGUUUCUGAUAUGCACAAAAAUAACUGGAUCCUGAGGGACAUCUGUUGCUCGACCCUGUUUAAGUCGGAAGCGAAAGACAAGGUGUUCAUGCCACGCAUAGGACGAUUUCUGAAAUGCGAGUCCUCUGUUGGAUGUGUCAAAGACUCGUCUACCAACACAGACGAUCGACGAAACUGGAUGCCCAUAGAGGUGCUACACAGUAAGACAUACUCGAUGGCCAGUGAUGUGUACAUGUUGGCUAUGACUGUUUACGAAUUCUAUACGUCCGCUUCUGUAGCUAGGAACAACCCAUUGGCAACCAGUCUAAAUGCUGUUCCAUUCGCAACUGUAGCUCCGGAAAAGCUCCUUGAUAGCUUAUACAGAGAUGAAAUACCGAACCAACCUGAAACAUGCCCAGAGUGGAUGUACCGUCUACUGAAGCCAUGUUGGAACAGGGACCCAACAAGGAGACCUACAGCUCGCUCACUUCUGGCUCAAAUAGAAUCCAGUAUACAGGAAAUGUCGGAUGACGUUUCUGUAUUUUCCUGCGGGAAUAGCUCUUUUGGAACAGAUAGUGCUCGCAGCACGUACGCAACGAUAGAAUCUUUGCCAAAGGCUCAUUGGCUUUCACAACAAUUAUCAGAAAAGGCAGACGUCACUAUUUACGAAACAUCACUCAGAGAAUCGGAAAACAAACAAGACCAUACUGCAGAAAUCUCGGACGGAUAUCUCCAUGCUAUUUACGAUGAUUUAGAAAAAGAGACGGCACCAGAACCAAACAAUGGAAGAGCGAGCAUGACGUCAUCAGUAAUGUCUGAACCAUCAGGAUAUACAGCAAGCGAUGGAAAGUUCGAUUAUGCAGAUAUGUCUGGUACAAGGAAUUCAAAGACAUUUUACAAUGCAGAUGAAUGCGGCACAUCAAAGGAAAGUCCAAAUCAAAUAGCUGUUAUUUCGGAAAGUAAUCCUGCGGUCUCGUUACUGGAUGGAGAUGACAGCGAAGACGACACCAUGGUUACAGGUUCGCGUGCGGUUCAUCAGGAAAACCAUGCAGAAUCGUCUUCUGUGGAAUACAAAGAUCCAACACUGAAAGUUGAAGACACUACUCAGAUACCAACUUAUACUCCAGAGAAUAUUGUUGACACGGAAAAAAAUGAAGUAUGGGUUUAAACACUGCCUAAAUUAUCAUUUUAUCUAUGUUUUAUUAAGGAUUGAAUAAUGUUAUGUUGAGGUGUAUGGGGGUAUAAACCUCAAUAGGUCUUGAGACAAAUUUUAUG